GUGCUUACUGUCUUGGCCCUUGGGGCGUCAUAACGAGAGGCUAUAGGCGACGUCAGUGAAGACAUGAUGAGAUAUCUUCACUUAUCAGCGACAACGUUACAUUACAUCUUGCGAUCUUUCUGUGAUCAGUUCAAAACAAAAAACUAGCUGAUCUCAGAGUGCUUGAUCGAUCAUAACCAAAAAGAUUCAACAUUUUCGGCUUCUUUUAUUUUCCCUCGAGGUUUUAAGCAAGCAUACCAAGCCUAAGUGUCCUCGGGUGCUGAACUAAAGGAGAGUGUCUUGCAUUCCGAAAGUACUAUUGCACGACGUGAUAGCUCUGAUGCGAUUCUCUCUUUGCAUAGAAAGCGAUUUCCCUCGGGUGGUUGUGUAUUAAGCUUUUGAACGUGAAGGAUUCUUGGCGAGAGCCUUGUCAAUCAAAGAACCAGAAAGCGUGCGUGCUUGCUUACGUUGUUGGAAACAUAAGCUGAUGGCUGAACUUGCAGCGAAAUGGCGGCGGUGGGGUAUGAGAUCCGUGCGGAUAGUGUUGCUGAAGUUUCUCUUAGCUGUGAUGUUUGUUUCGGCGGAGAGGCACCUGAGGCUGGAAGACGAUUCAAGACACGAUGGAACAGGAGGACCUGAAUGCAUGUAUCCUCUCAAGGCAGUAAAUUUGUUAUGGCAACCCGACAGAUCGGGUCGUAACCAAGUUUGGCCGGAGAUGAAUUUUGGGUGGAAAAUUGUUGUGGGUACCAUAAUUGGAUUCUGUGGAGCUGCGUUUGGGAGUGUCGGUGGCGUUGGCGGUGGUGGUAUUUUUGUUCCUAUGCUUAGCCUAAUUAUUGGGUUUGAUCCGAAGUCGGCUACAGCUAUCUCAAAAUGUAUGAUCAUGGGUGCAGCAUUCUCAACUGUUUCCUUCGACUUUAAGCUAAGGCAUCCUCAACUCGAUAUGCCCGUCAUUGACUAUGAUUUGGUACUGCUCAUCCAACCAAUGCUCAUGUUAGGCAUUAGUAUAGGAGUGGCUUUCAACGUUGUGUUUGCGGAUUGGAUGGUCACAGUUUUGCUUAUCUUUCUUUUUAUAGUUAUUUCAACAAAGGCAUUCUUUAUGGGUAUUGAAACAUGGAAAAAGGAAACCAUUAUGAAUAGGGAGGCUGCUAAGAGACUGAAGUCAAAUGAUUCUGGUGGUGCAGAAGUGGAAUACACGUCUCUUCCUGGUGGCUCAAACAAUGGUGAAAAGGACUCCCAAGAAUCAGAGGUCACUAUUCUUGAGAACGUUUACUGGAAACAAUUUGGACUUCUCGUUUUUGUUUGGGUUGCAUUCCUUUUCCUUCAGAUAGCCAAGAAUUAUACAGCUACAUGUUCGACAACAUAUUGGGUGCUGAACUUGUUGCAGUGGACACUCUCUGCACAGAUCCCAGUUUCUUUCGGGGUAUCUUUGUAUCAGGCAGUUGGCCUAUACAAGGGACACAGAGUUAUUGCAUCCAGGAGAGAUGAAAGGACAAACUGGCAAGUGCAUCAGCUGGUUACCUAUUGCUCUCUAGGUAUACUGGCAGGAAUAGUUGGCGGGCUGCUUGGACUUGGUGGAGGGUUUAUCAUGGCUCCAUUAUUUCUGGAGUUGGGAAUCCCCGCUCAGGUCUCAAGUGCCACUGCAAACUUCGGAAUGACCUUCUCUUCAUCCAUGUCUGUUGUGGAAUACUACCUUUUGAAACGUUUUCCUGUUCCCUAUGCUUCCUACUUUGUUGCAGUGUCUAUUGUUGGUGCCUUCAUUGGGCAGAAUAUUGUGAGAAAGUUGGUCAAUUUAUUUGGAAGGGCAUCGCUAAUAAUCUUUAUUCUAGCCUUCACCAUAUUCGUCAGUGCAAUAUCCCUAGGUGGGGUUGGCAUUUCAAAUAUGAUCGGGAAGAUUCAUCGGCACGAAUACAUGGGAUUUGAGAACCUCUGCAAGCUGCCAAGAACACAGCUGAGAAGCAGAUUUGAUCCGUUGUUGUUUAUACUAUCUUUGCAACGAUCCUUUUUAAUCCUCAAAUUUCUCUCCUUUUUCCCUUCUUUUUCACCUCAUCAACUACCAACUUGGUACACUUCACAAGACCAAUUACACCGCACAAGGUUGAGUUGCUAGAACAUAGUUAUCUUGUGCCUCGA